ACCCUGCUCUCUGAAGAUGGAGGAAGUAAAAACAGGAUUACCCUUAGCUACAGCUCCACUGCCUUAGUUUCCAUAGCCAACUGCCGUGCACAAACACACCUCCACUAGGCAGAGAGAGCCGACACUAAUAAAAACACAAACAAAAGGGUGAUGGAAGUGAUUCACUGCCUGCGCGGCUGAGCACUGCACUUUGACUAUGGAAGCAGAGGCUGCUGAUGGAUAUAUAACAUGUGACAAUGAGCUUUCGCCCGAAAGGGAGCACUCCGGCAUGGCCAUUGACCUCACCUCCAGCACACCCAAUGGGCAGCAUACCUCCCCCAGUCACAUGGCAAGCACAAAUUCAGUAAAGCUAGAAAUGCAAAGUGAUGAGGAAUGUGACAGGAAGCCCCUGAGUCAGGAAGAUGAGAUCAGGGCUCAUGAUGAAGGAAGCAGCCUGGAAGAGCCCCUCACUGAGAGUAACGAGAUGGCGGAUAACAGAAAGAUCCAGGAGUUAUCGAGCGAGGGAGGAAUCCGGCUUCCGAAUGGUAAACUGAAAUGUGACGUCUGUGGCAUGGUUUGCAUUGGGCCCAAUGUGCUAAUGGUACAUAAAAGGAGCCACACUGGUGAACGCCCCUUCCACUGUAACCAAUGUGGAGCUUCUUUUACCCAGAAGGGGAACCUGCUGAGGCACAUCAAGUUGCACUCUGGGGAGAAACCGUUCAAAUGUCCCUUCUGCAGCUAUGCCUGCCGACGGAGGGAUGCCCUCACAGGACACCUCAGGACACACUCUGUGGGGAAGCCUCACAAGUGCAACUACUGCGGCCGGAGCUACAAGCAGCGCAGUUCGCUGGAGGAGCACAAGGAACGCUGCCACAACUAUCUGCAGAAUGUCAGUAUGGAGGCUGCCGGGCAGGUCAUGAGUCACCAUGUACCUCCUAUGGAAGAUUGUAAGGAACAAGAGCCUGUGAUGGACAACAAUAUUUCUCUGGUGCCUUUUGAGAGACCUGCUGUUAUAGAGAAGCUGACAAGCAACAUGGGAAAGCGUAAAAGCUCCACCCCACAGAAGUUUGUGGGUGAAAAGCUCAUGAGAUUUGGCUAUCCAGAUAUUCCCUUUGAUAUGAACCUAACCUAUGAGAAGGAGGCUGAGCUGAUGCAGUCUCACAUGAUGGACCAAGCCAUCAACAAUGCAAUCACCUACCUUGGAGCUGAGGCACUUCACCCCCUGAUGCAGCACACACCAAGCACAAUUGCAGAGGUGGCUCCGGUCAUCAACUCAGCUUAUGCUCAGGUCUAUCAUCCUAACAGGAUAGAAAGGCCCAUUAGCAGGGAAACAGCUGACAGUCAUGAGAACAACAUGGAUGGCCCGAUCUCCCUUAUCAGACCAAAGAGUCGAACCCAGGAUAGAGAGGGCUCCCCCAGCAAUAGCUGCCUGGAUUCUACUGACUCGGAGAGCAGCCACGAAGACCGCCAGUCCUACCAAGGAAACUCUGCCUUAAAUCCCAAGAGAAAGCCAAGCCCGGCUUAUAUGAAGGAGGACGCCAAGGCUUUGGAUGCCACAAAAGCUUCUAAGGGCUCUUUAAAGGAUAUCUACAAGGUCAUCAAUGGAGAAGGGGAGCAGAUUAGGGCUUUCAAGUGCGAGCACUGUCGUGUCCUUUUCCUAGACCAUGUCAUGUACACCAUCCACAUGGGCUGCCACGGCUACCGGGACCCGCUAGAGUGCAACAUCUGUGGCUACCGAAGCCAGGACCGCUAUGAGUUCUCGUCGCACAUAGUCCGAGGGGAGCACACAUUCCACUAGGCCUUCUCAUCCAAAGGGGACUCGUAUGAAGUAGAAGAACUGCACAUGAAGAAAUACUGCACUUACAAUCCCACUUUUCCUCAGACAUUGAGACGCCUAUUUUGUUGUUGUUGCUGUUGUUGUUGUUGCUGUUGUUUAAUUAUUAUUAUUAACCUUAUUUUUUGUGGACCCAACCUCAUUUGCUCUGCCCAGCUUAAGAAUGGAAAGAAGGAAGGGAAGGGAUAAAAGAGCGGUUUGUUGUUGACAUCACUUUUUGGUGAGUGACCCGCCUCGCUUUCUGUGGGAAUUGAAAGGCAGUCCGUUUCUGUCUCAGUCAGCUGUACAUCGUGUCCUGUUUCGGGAUACUGCUCAACCCUGCUAGGUGCUUUAAAGUCCUGACAAGAUGCCACUCAUUUACAAUUUCAGAUGAACAGGUAAAAACAUUUCAGAGGAGAGCCUUUUUCAAACAUGUAGAUAUGGUGUGGGGUUUCGGUGGCUGGAGGAGAAGGGGGGAACUUUAUUCUGCAGCAUGAACAAUUAUUUUUAAAGCAAAACUGUUAGGGUUUUAGGAGUACGAAUCAAAGUCGAUAUUCCUUUCAAAAUUACUUUCUAGGCUGAGCUGUUUUCCUGGGUUCAGUGUGUAGUGCCCCUCU